CUGCGCCUGCCGUCGGUGGCGAUCCCCUUUUAAUCUCCGGCGAACUUUCACUUUUCACGCCACGCUUCCCGGAGCGGUCAUGUGGGUUUUCCUGAUCCUCGGUGCGCUCCUUCUGCUGUUGCUUUUUCGCUUCUGGCGCUCGCGAAGCGGCUCUCCGAAUCCCUUCCGUGAAGACACCCGGCGGCCGCCCGCGCCUUUUGUGACCGAGAAAGAUGCGCGGAAAAAGGUCCUCAAGCAAGUCUUCUCCAAGGACAAAGUUCCUGACAAUCUGGAUGCUGUCAUCAUUGGAAGCGGCUACGGGGGUCUGGCGGCAGCUGUGAUACUCUCCAAAGCCGGGAAGCGUGUCCUGGUCCUGGAGCAGCAUAGCAAGGCAGGUGGUUGCUGCCAUACCUUCAAUGAGAAAGGUUUUGAGUUUGACGUAGGGAUCCAUUACAUAGGGCAAAUGCACGAGAAUUCUAAACAACGCAUGAUUGUUGACCAGCUCACGGAUGGGCAGCUCCAGUGGGCCAAGAUGGACUCUCCCUUUGAUACAGUCAUUCUGGGAGAUCCUGACAACUACAAGAAGUAUUACGUAUACAGCAAGAGGAAGGAAUUUGUGGAAGGCCUAAAGAAACAAUUUCCAGGGGAAGAAGCUGGCAUCGACAAAUUUGUGGCACUUGUUGUGAAAACUGCCCGUGGGGUCUAUGACAUGAUUCUUCUGAAAAUGCUCCCGAGGCCCUUGGCCUGGCUUCUGUACCGCACUGGCCUGGUGUUCUUGAUCUCUCCUUUCUUUAGGAUGGUUUCCAAAAAUCUUUCGGAAGUGGUAGCUGAGUUCACAUCAAAUGCGGACCUGAGAGCAGUGUUCAGUUACAUCUUCCCUACCUACGGAGUGAAUCCUACGGCCUGCAGCUUUCCUUUACAUACAAUCCUUGUUGACCACUACAUGAAGGGUGGAUGGUAUCCUCAAGGAGGUGCCAGUGAAAUUGCAUUUCACUCCAUCCCCAUCAUUCAACGGGCUGGAGGGGCUGUCCUCACCAAGGCACCUGUACAGAGUAUCUUGGUGAAUUCACAAGGAAAAGCCUGUGGUGUAAGCGUAAAGAAAGUUCAGGAUGUUGUUAACAUCUACGCUCCUGUUGUGAUUUCUGAUGCUGGCAUCUUUAACACCUAUGAGCGGCUUCUGCCUGAGAAAUUGCGAGCUUUGCCAGACAUUCAGAACCUGCUCUCCAAGGUGCAACAUGGUGUGGGAGGAUUCAGUAUCUUCAUAGGACUCAGAGGUUCCAAGGAAGAACUGGGACUGGAAGCCAAAAACUGCUACAUCUACCGAAACAACAACCUCGAUGAAGGGUUCUCUUCUUAUAUUAAUUCUUCAAGAGAAACUGCUCCAGAUAAGAUUCCUUUCCUGUAUGUUGGAUCUCCAUCAGCCAAGGACCCACUGUGGGAAAAGAGAUUCCCAGACAAGUCCAAUCUAAUCGUCCUGGCAGCUGCAAAAUACGAAUGGUUUGAGGACUGGAAAGAAGAAAAAGUCUCCAAGAGGGGAGUGGAGUACGAGGGCUUCAAGAACAGUUUCGUGGACAGCAUGAUGGAUACAGUUUUGAAAUUUUACCCUCAAAUAAAAGAUAAUAUUGAGUGCAUCUCCUCGGGAACUCCUCUCAGCAAUAAGCAUUACAUAGCUUCCCCGCGAGGAGAGUUGUAUGGCGCAGACCACAGCAUCUCUCGCUUCCAGGCAGACAUCACGGCCACAAUACGACCUCAGACCCCUAUCCCAAACCUCUACCUAACAGGUCAGGAUGUCUUUUUAGCUGGCUUUAUAGGGGCACUUCAUGGAGCUGUUAUCUGCACUUCUGCUGUCCUGCAACGUAAUCUCUACGUCGACCUCUUGCAGCUAGGCAAGAAAAUCACAGCCAGCGAUGACAAAAAGAAAAACUGAGCAUUCAACCUUCACUUGCAAAGAAGAUUUGCUCCUCCUCCUGCCUCAUAGAUGAUUUGAAAGGUGCCUGCUUCCUGGGUUCUGCGUUUCGCCAUGGCAACUGGUGUCAAAACUUGCCCUCUGCCUUGGUUUUCUGUUGUGGACAGUUCCUGUUCCUCAGCUGCUGUGUUAGCACAGCAGUACUCUGCUCUCGUUCACCCACGUGCGCCCCAUUUGAAGAGAAAACAGACCUAGGGAAAUCGUCGUCUCAUCGUAGGCUAACUCACAGGCUCUUCCGCAGUCACAGUUGCGCUUUCCCCACAGCUGCCGCACUCGAUAGAAAUUAGACCUACAUCCAUGACAGUGUGAGGAAAAAUAAACAGGCUUCACAUAGAAGAACGGUUAGCUUAAAUGCACUUCAGAUUGUCCUAACUGCAUCUUGUAGCAGUAUAAAGCCAUACAAGGGUCUGAAAACUGUAGACCAGAAUGAGAUGAACCAGAGCAUUUUGUCUCCCCUAUCCAACGCCCCUCCAUCUGUCUCCCUUCCUUGGGACAGAUUAGCAUCUUGCUCCAGCUACCCAUCCUUACCUUUCUUAUUACUAUAAUCUUGCUGUCUCUGAACUUUUGUGAUAGUUCAGACCCCAGUCGUUUGCAUUAGAGCUUCCCCACACACACACCCCGAUGCAUUUAGGCCUCCCUUGUGUGCUGCCCGGUUCCCUAGCACUCGCCAUCCCUCCACAUAAUACAAUCUCUCUGCCUAUCUCUCAGUUAAAGUGUAUGGUCCAGGCAAAGCGGGGUCGCCUGGCCUGUGUAACUUGCAACAACUAGCCAUCUUAUUGUUCCACAUUUCUGUACUGGUGCUCCAAGCCACAAAGACAUAUCGCUUUCUAUCCACCAUUUUAUGGAAAUAAACUCUUUGAAAUUA